GUAAAUCGAGGAAAACACACGGAAUUCUUUGUUGUAAUCGUUAAAAUCUACGUGCCGUGAGAGUAGAAACGAUCCCGAGGUCUACAAAAAUGGAUGCGGACCUUCUGAAAACAUGCCAUCGCGAAAUAGAACACAUUGUAUUCGAUGCAAAAGAAAAGGUGACCGCGCGAAGGAUCAGCAACAAUUGGGACGUUGGUGUGCCGCAAGCUGUUGAUGUAUUGCAGAAAUGGAUUGACGAACAGAAGGAUAAAGCCAAGCUUUCUCUGGAGUAUGUUGUUCGGGGUGUCGAUAAGAAUGGAAACGCUUUCAUGACCUUGGUGAAGGAAGACAAGUUACAGAAUGUGUGUAAACUUUACCCCAAAAGCGUAAAGAUGCUUUACUCGGCCGAGGUUGCCUCCGAAAUAAGGCCAAUGAACGUGUCGGUGGACAGUGAGUUCAGCAUCAAGAAUCUUCGUUUGGAACCACAGAAACGACAAAUCGAUCACCGCUCAGCCGCUCCAGUUCAAAGUGAAUCGUUGCCAGUGAAACAGGAGAAGAAACCGGAGAAGAAAAAUCUGUUCGCAACGGUCAGCAAACCGUCGUCGAAGCCGGUGGUGAAGGAAGAAAAACCUUCCCUACCGCCUACUCCAGCAACGGUUAAGACGGAACCGCUAACGCAACCGGCCACCACCAAAAUUUCGCCCAAGAAACAAUCACCCAAAAAAGAUACGAAAAAGGUCGUCAAUGGGAAGGGAUCCAUUUCGUCGUUUUUCUCCUCCAAACCGGGCCAAACGGCAGCAUCUAGUCAGGCGGCUAGCACCAGCACCAUCAUUAAGCAAGAAGCUGAGUCUCCCACUUCGGCAAGUUCACAGUCGACAACUUCACACAAGCAAACGAAACCCGCGAAAACCUCGGAACCAAUUAAAGAACAGGAGAAAACACGAAAACGAACCAUCACCGACGACGACGACGAAGCGCGGUCGGAUGAGGACAAGGACGUUAUUCCCAGCACACCGCAGGAGGAAAAACGUGAAGGCAAAAAGCGCGCUGGAAAGCCGUUGCUAAAGCGGAAAAAGACGGCAAAUCCAUCGAAAAAAUCACGCAUCAUGGAAAUAUGCGAUUCGUCCAGCGACGACGAAAUGAACGGUCGGGAUGCGGCUGAGGAGAAGCGGAAGGAACGGUUGGUGGAGUUUGACGAGGAAAUGGCCGAACCGGAGGUGGAGGAAAAACAAAAGAGGCCGUCGCCCGAGAAGCCGGUAGAGAACGAUUCGAACAGUGCGAACCGUACGCGUGGCAAAGUUAAAAAAAUGGUCACUAAAACAUUCACGGAUGAUGAUGGAUAUUUAAUUACGGUCAAAGAAUGGGAAAUGGUAUCGGAAGACGAGUCGCAAGAAAAUGGUACAGAUAAAGAAACUGGUGUAGCCACCACCGCGACCGGUCCCGCUGCAAAGUCGAAUAAGACACCCUCUCUCGGAAGUCAGACUAAAGCUCCGUCCGGUGAGAAGAAGGCAACACCUCCGACCCCAAAAACCAAGCAAGGAUCAAUAAUGAGUUUUUUCGCGAAAAAGUAGUAAAAUCGUUAUGCCUCUAGCGCAAUCGAUAAUGUUAAAGCAGGUUGCAAAAUAAAUGUAUUACAAUAUUUUCCGAAACAAAUACACUGUCGAGGUAUUUAA